AUGAAGUCACAUUUUUUAUCAAUUAAGCUGGAUUACGUCUCUGAGCCUGAGCUUGUUAUAAAUUCAGCCUUCAGUGGCCACGUUGUCAACUCUCUAGAAAACUGGAACGAUGAAUAUGUGAUAGGUUUAACGGGAAACGAGGCAAGAAUUGUGGAGGAUACUUUGGAGUAUCAGCCCAUAAAUCAAGUAUCAGUGCUGCCUCCAGAUAGUAAAAUCGACAAGUCUCUGCUGGUGUCAAACCUCAAGCCGCUCUGCACAGCAUUGCUAUGCGACUACUUUUACCUGAGGACCAACGAGAAUGAAACGGUGGUCAUCAUCUCGGACAACUGGGAAAAUACGCUCCCAUACGUACAGUGGAUCCUAUUGAAAAACGCACAAGUAGUCGUGUACGUGGCGAAGGAAGACGAGGAAGGAGGAGCAGCCUUAAAAUCAAAGUGGACCAGGCACCCAUUUUUUAAACACCCGACCUUCAAGACUAAGUUCCACAAAGUCACCCUGAGAAGUGUUUAUUAUUCCGAGUUGUCGACGGAUAUUUUAAAAGUUACGUCGAACUACGGAGCGAGCGUGACGUUGGUACUGCCAGGAGCAGUGGAAACAUUCAAUACGGAGCAGGUUACCAUGCACAGAGAAGUGUUGAUGGGAGCAGGAGUCAAUUCCAGAGUAGUCUGGAGCACGAAACUGGAACAAAUAGACCCCUGCGAGUGCGAAUGUAUGUUCAACAAAGGAAUCUCACUCAACUUCUUCAACCUGAAGGCAAUUUUGGAGACGGAGAGCCAUGUAGGAAUAGUACAGCACGCACUGGUGGAAACGCUGAAACACAUAUGUAACAAUAGCCUAUUCCUAUCAGAAAACACAUUAAGUAAAUUUAAAGGCGGAAAAUAA